GAAUUCCAUAAAUUCACAACUCUCUGGGUGAAAACGUUUUUUCUCACCUCAGUCUUAAAUGACCUCCCCUUUAUUCUAAGACUGUGUGGCCCCUGGUUCUGGACUCGCCCAACAUUGGGAACAAUUUUCCUGCAUCUAGCUUGUCCAGUCCUUUAAUAAUUUUAUAUGUUCUCCAGAGAUGCUGCCUGACCCGCCGAGUUACUCCAGCACUCGGUGCUUAACAGCACCUGCAAUUCCUCAACCAGCUUUCCCACGGGAAUUGAGUCUCUGCACAAUUCCUUUUUUCCAGGAACAUUCCGCGUCUAAAAUGGACCGCCCAAAUAAAGCAAAACCAUCGAACGUCACCGGCAAGAAAAAACACAGAAAGAAGACGAAGGCAAAACAAACAGAGAGCAAAGAGGUGAAGCUGGAAAAGGCGGCAAGAGAGUUCCAGAGGAACGGCAGUGAGUACAGACCCUUCCUGGAGCGCAUGGACAAGUGGCUGAAAGCACAUCACCAGCAGGCCAUGCAACUCUUCUGCAAAUACGACAAGGCCGGCAACGGCUUGCUUCAGUAUGACCAGUUCAAACUGGGAAUGCGGGACUUGAAGAUUCCUUGUGUAGAUGUUCAGCUGCACGUCCUGGCUAGACUGCUGGACCCACACAACAGCGGGACCAUCGACUAUGUGGAACUAGGGAGCGGUCUUGACAAAGCCAGGCCAGUACUCUCAGGUCUUUUGAGGUCCAUUUGCGAGGGGAAUGAACUUAGAGGAGCAUUUUUGUUUUUUCCCCACAGUCCACAGGACAUUGGGAGAGCAGCCGACAGGAUCAAAGUCCUCGAUAGACAGAUAUACACAAAAAUGGCGGAGUAA